CACAUCAAAACAUUGUAAAUGAUGGCUGCGGACACAGCUGAUGGAUUUCUUGGUGCAUUUCUCCGUCCCCUUAUGGGCGAUCUGCAAGCAGAGGAGAUCCAGCGACGAGUCAGUUACAAAGAGCAAAAACUAAGGGACUUGUUGAAUUCAAUAGAGCCUCAUGUUAUGCACGCACAGAGCAUUUUAGUCUGGGAGAAACCAGGUCAAUCGGCUGUCAUGUUAUUGGGAGUAAACGUUGUAUUUUGGUUGGCUACAACUACAUGCAUCCGUGCUUUCUGCCUUCUUGCAAUCACUGCAAUGUUGUUUUUCCUCUUGGAUACUUGGCAGAAUCAUAUAUGGCCAGAAAUUAAAGCCCCACCAUCCCCAGGAGAAGAUACUGACAGCUGGGUUUCCGUACAGCCUCACUUAAUGAGCGUGCCUGAGAUCAGUCGCUACGCAGCGGAAAUGUGGGUGACAGCAUCAGUUUAUUCUCAUCUGCUGUGGAAUAUGAGAAAAAGGCAUCCAGGAAAGGCUCGUGGAAUUACUCAGAUCUGGGUUUCCGUACAGCCUCACUUAAUGAGCGUGCCUGAGAUCAGUCGCUACGCAGCGGAAAUGUGGGUGACAGCAUCAGUUUAUUCUCAUCUGCUGUGGAAUAUGAGAAAAAGGCAUCCAGGAAAGUUUUGUAUUCUGAUAUGUACUGGGAGUUUCUGUUUGGCUGGCAUAGGGCACUAUAUCCCAGGGAUAAUGAUAUCUUAUAUAAUAGUGAUGAGCAUUUUGCUUUGGCCAUGUGUGGUUUACCAUAACUUGCUACAAAAAUUCUAUAUACACAUUGAGCCGAUGAUGAUGAAGAUGGAAUAUAAAUUGAAAAUUAGGAGGAGAAAAACUCGGAAAAGUCGUACAAAAUCGCCUGUUGAUCCCUCAAAGGAUCGAGCAGAGACGGACAGUGACAGUGAUAUAGAUGCUUUUACGCCAACCACUGAUCCAGAAAUAACAGCAGCACUCGCCAGGGCUAUCACAGACAGUGAGGAUGAGACGUCUUCGCCGUCAGUUCUCACUCCGAGGCUGUCGCGGGAGCCAUCCUUUGCCAAUAGUGACACAGAUGAGGUAGAAAGAGACAGAACCAUCCACGAGUCUUCACUCUUGCAUGGUUUACAACAGAUGCCUGCGUUUGAUGACAACAGCGUGGAUGAGUCUCUGUCAGUCGGGUUACACUUUACCCCGAGAGAUGGCGCUGCUGUGGAUACUAUUGGUGCUGGGCAGACGCAAACCACCGCACCAGCUGCAGCAGCCAUGACCUUUAUUUCAUCACAUUUCAAUCACGAAGAAUCGGAUGAUGAUGAAAUUGGAGGGUCAAUUGCUCAGGGACUUGUUUUCCCAGAUAUCGACGCCGCAGAUUUAUCGGACCGCUCUUCGCCAGUUGGAGAUGAUGCUCUCAUGGACGAUGGUGACCAUUCGCCACAUGAAGCAGACGUCAGUGAGGACGAGGCAGACAGUAAUGUUGAAACUGCAAGUCAUGCUAAGGAGAAGGUCCACAGCAAACAUGUCGCUCAGUCAGGAUUGGUUGGAAAAGCUGGCGAUAUGGUUGGCAGGACUUUUAGCAGUGUUGCGUCCAGUGCUUGGGCGGGACUAAGUCGCCUUGGAGGAACUGUUCUUGAUGCCACGACUGGUUCGAAGGGAACAAAAGCGAAGCCUGCAGAGGCCAUGUCCAGAGAAAGUUCGAAUUCAGAUCUGGGUGACUUUGAAAUUUUAGAUGAGAUGGACUUGGAUAAUUAUGAGGAAGAAAAAAACAAAUAACCUCAUGUUUUAGAUCAUGAGGAUUUUUUUUCUUUCUUAAGUCUUUUAUCAUUGGUGGAUCCAGGAUUUUCUUAGAGGGAGAGGGAGAUAGAAAUAGAAAAUUAUGCCUCGCCUCACUGAGCAGCAAAAUUUUAAAAAAUAACAGACCAUGACAAAUUUCAUUGAUAAUGUAUAGGGCAUGGGGAUGGAAUAAUUAUUUGGUCAUGUCUGGUUUUACUUGGGAAAUUAAUAUUUGGAAGAGGCAGAAGGUGUACCCCAGAUGCUGUGUGUGUGUGAAUGGGAGGGCCUGUUGGGGGGGGGAUGUGCCAGCUUUGCCUUCACCCCAUGCCCACCCCUCUCUUGUCCCAGUUUUGCAAAAAAAAAUAAUAAUAAUUGAGUCAGUUUCGUGGCUUAGCUGACAAUGAUGUCCAUGAGAGUGCUGUAACACCUUUUCUGAUAGGGUAAGAUGUGUGCAUGUGACCAUGUAACGUUGGUAACAAAGAUACCACUUGAACUGACUUGGACGUCUUUUGAGUGAAAGUUGGCCCUGGAUCCACUGCUGAUAAUAUAACCUAGUAGGCAUCAUUUUAAGGGUGAUGUGGGAGAAAGUGUUUCUGAGGCAGUUUAUAUUGUGAUGCGAUCAUUAUGUUUAACACUCAUUUUAUUAUUUUACGUCACCAAAAUAUAAAGAAAAAAGGACAUAGGUGGGGUUUUGUUUCAUGGCUAAAACUUGUCUUAUUUAGGGCAAUAUAUUUUGUCUGAUUAUUUAUUUAUUGGUUUUAAUUUGCUAUUUCAGGGGGGUAUACUAUAAAUGUGAUAAAAUUGACCUUGGAAUACACAUAUAUUUUUCUUUUUUUAAUGAAAAAAAUAUUUUUCUCAUAUUUGUACCUUAUGUUAGGCUGACGUUUGACUUCAUGUACCUUUUAAGUAAGAAAAUAGAAAGACUUGAAGCAGUUUGUUUAGAUUAGCAAAAGUGAUGUAUGGAUUUUUAACAUUUUAAUGGUUGCGUAAGGUGUAAUAUCUCCCUACAUACAUUAUAUGUAAGCUAAAAUGUUCAUGUAAUAGUUAUGAAAGUAAAGUAAUAUUCUAAUACUAUCAAAUAGAAAAAACAGUUUUAAAAACUGAAUAACUGAAAAGUCUAUUAAUUCUAAGUAUUUCUAAAAUCACCCAUGUAUGCUUGUAUGAGAAACUUUGAAGAUGAUGUCAAACACUGUAGGAAUUUUUGUACAACCUUUCACUAUCUGCAAGCCAAAAAUUGGCACGAGUGCAAAUAAUUACCCCCC